AUGAAGUUCGGGAAGAGCAUCUGCGUGCUCAACGUGGGGGGGACCCGGUACGCCUUCACCCGUGAGGUGAUCAAGGAUUUCCCUCUCCGGCGCGUCAGCCGCCUUCAUGCAUGCGCAACCGAGAAAGAGGUUCUUGAACUGUGCGACGACUACGACCGGGACCGCAAUGAGUUCUUUUUCGACCGUCACGCGCAGGCUUUCGUGUUCAUCAUGCUGUACGUGCGCUCCGGUAAACUCCGCUUUGUUCCCGGAGUGUGUGAGCUGUCCUUCUACACGGAGAUGCUCUACUGGGGACUGGAGAGCGCGCACUUGGACUCCUGCUGUCAAAAACGGCUGGACGACAGGAUGUCCGAGAUUGGCAUGGACUCUGAAUCUGAGGAGGGCAUCGAAGUGUCAGUGGAUGAGCCUCAGAGCCCGGUGGAGCCGGUGCAACUGACUGCGCUCACAGGGCGCGCAAGAUGGCUAGAGAUGAUGCGCAAAGCAUUCGAGGAACCAAACUCUUCGAUUGUGGCGCAGCUUUUGGCUUCAAUAUCCGUCAUCUUUGUGAUCGUUUCUAUGUUCAUGCUGUGUGCAAGCACCCUGCCGGACUGGGACACAGCCAAGAAAACCACAGUGGAGGAGCACAGGAUAGUGGAGACCGUGUGCAUCGGCUGGUUCACAGCAGAGUGCAUUGUGCGCUUCCUGGUGGCUAGAAACAAGUGGGACUUCCUACGCCGGCCCCUGAACAUCAUUGACAUCAUUGCAAUAACCCCUUAUUAUGUCACCAUGGCACUGGCCCGGGCGGGGAUGCCCGGCGCAGGCCUCGGGGUUGCAGGGGUGUUCCUGCGGGUGCUGAGGAUGAUGCGUGUGUUCUGGCUCAUGAAGCUGGCCAGGCACUUCAUGGGCCUGCAGACUCUGGGGCUGACGCUCACGCGCUGUUAUCGGGAGAUGGUGAUGCUGAUGGUGUUUGUGUGCGUUGCCAUGGCGAUAUACAGCGCCCUGGCUCAGCUGCUUGAGCACGGCUUGGACUUGGAAACACGGAACCACGAUUUUGCGAGCAUCCCGGCUGCCGCCUGGUGGGUCAUUAUCUCCAUGACUACAGUGGGGUACGGGGAUGUCUACCCGGUGACGAUCGGGGGGCGGGUGCUCGGGGGGAUGUGUGUGGUGAGUGGGAUUGUUCUCCUGGCACUGCCCAUUACAUUCAUCUACCACAGUUUUGUACAGUGCUACCAUGAACUUAAACUUCGCUCUGCCAGAUACGAGCGCAGCCUUUCCAUAGAGGUUCUGCAGUGAGAAAACAUUUGUUUCCCAGAACAUUGAUUGCCAGACGUCGACCAGGAAGAAGCCUCAUCAAACCACCUGCUGAUCCUAUGUGAAAUAAUUAUAAACAGCCCUGUUUCCUGCCUGAGCUGCAACUGAUUUUGUUUGGCCUGUCUACCUCCUGCCUGUUGUGCUGAUGAUCUUCAAUCAUCAUCUGCAGCCAGUUCGCUCUGCGCCUGCCUCCUUCUGCACUUGUGCAAAAAAACAAAAAAAAAGGAUAGAAAUACACCCAUUAUAAUUUAUUAAACACACACACACAGGCACAGUAAAUCCAGUUUUGACAGUGGCUGCUGUUUACACUGUAUUCCCAUCGUUACAACAAUGCCUGCCUCUUUUUCUAUGCUGCAUCAAGUGCUCAUGUGUUUGAGUGUGUUUUUGUUUGUCUGACCAUGAAUAAAGCUUUGCACCCAGAUGGUCCAAGUUACACAAGAUUGAUGGGUGAUCUAAAUGCAUUCUGUUAAACCUGUGAAAAAUAGAGAAGGAGUGAACAUGUAAGUGCAAAGUGGGGAUGGAGAAAGGACACGUGGAGGGCUUAGUGUGUAGGAGGGGUUUAAGCCGAGGAUAAUGAAAUAUGGGCAUGCAAUGUGGCGGACAAAUAAAAGGGAAAGGUAUGACAGGGAAAGAGCCUGAAACAAGACAGCAUGUCUGGUCAGCAAAGAAUGAAGAGAUGGGAGUGUGUGUUGCUCUCACCAUUUGUAAGUAAAUUAUAAGGUAUUUUAUAUUUCUGAUUCUCCAAGGCAAACUCAUUCUCCAGCAUGUCAAUCAUAAUGGAGGCUGAUUUGUCUGCAAAUAAAGGUCACAUUCACGCACCUUUCUGCUGGCUCUUUUACAUUUUCUCCUGGAAUAAUUGUGAAAAUGACAUAAGGGGAUACAUUUAAAUGACAAAAAAAACAAAAACACAAGACUGGAAAAAAAUGGAGGAUGUCACAGAUGAUGGUUCUGACAUUCAUGAUUCAGAUAUGUUUGCACAGUCGGAGGUUUGCCAAGAUGAUAUGAUUUAUUGAAGAGACACAUGAUCCAAACAAACAAGUCCACACGUCUCCCACACAACAGUCUUUCUCUGCCUUUCCUCUCCUCUUCCUCCUGUUGCCAUCAACCAUCCUCUUUUUACACACACACACACAUACACACACACACACGGACAUGCACAGAACAAGCUCUUCCUCCACUGUUGCAGUUGAAAUUAAACAAUUACUCAGUCUGAUCAUUAUCUCUCCGUCCUUACACUUAUAGUCUAUAUUUCUUAUUACCUCAUAAACCAUGCAGCCUUGUAUGAGUUACAUGUGCGUUUUAGAACGUGCAUAUCUUAAUAUUCUUGUUGUUGUGCUAUCAAUGUGCUUUUUAAGUAAUGUAACAGGCAACAAAAUGAAAGAUAAUCAAUUAUUUACCACCAACCCAACAACGCAUACUUUAUUUUAACUCAUGGCGCAUAGCUAAUAGUUGAGUACAUUUCGGCCAGGCCUGAUUGAAGUCUUCGAUCAAAACGUUUUCAUCUGUAGAAAUGGUCUUGUUGUUAAUGUAAUAAAUGUAUGUGCUUUUAUAAUAAAAUGACUCUGAGUGAA